AAGUCAAUGUCCUUUCUCACUGUUUGUUAAGAGAGGAGGUUAUUGUGGAAGAUUGUGUAGAGAGAGAGAGAGAGAGAGAGAGAGCAAAGGUGGGGUUAUGAAUACUGGUUAUUUUAUGUCUUUGUUUUGGAUUUACUAGCAGUGCACAAAAGUAAAAUCAACAUUUGAUGUGGAGAGUGGUUUUUGCUUUUAUUUUUUAUUUUUUGGUUUGCUGCAGUCUCAGGAGAGAGAAAAUUGAAUAAAGAUAGGUUUUUUUUUAUUUUUUAUUUUUUAUCUGAGCUCUCUUAAGUUGGUGUAAUGGAGUCUUGACUCCUCUUCUUCAUACAGUGAUUUCAAGGGCUUCUUGGCACUUACUGUCUAGCUUAUUGGAAACCCUUUUCUCCAUUUUUCUUUCUUUUUUUGCUGGAUGUGAGUUUCUUUGUAAAAUUUAGGGAUCUGGGUUUUGGGUUCUAGGGUUUGACUCUUUCUUUCUUGGGUUUCUUCCAAAAUUUGUUGUCUUUGUUCAACUUUUUUACUUGAAUGGGGUUUUGACUUUUAUUAAUUUGAGUCAUCUAAAUUCUGGGUUUUAUGUUUCUGUGGGUUUUUCACCUGAAAUUUUUUUUUCCAAGCUGACAUCUUUUUCAGUAGUUUCUGUAAAUUCCAGUCUUUCAAUUUUUUGCUUCUUCAUUUUCAGUUGGAUUUUUCAAAAAUCCAAAAUUUUGAGCUUUCUUGAUCUGGUUAAGAGUCAAGACUCUCUCUUUCUUGUUAUACCACCUACGGUUUGUAAGUCUGAAACUGACCCCUUGUCUUUUGCUCUUAGAUGGGCUAAACACAACUGAACUCGGCUGAUUUCUUUAGUCUUGAGCUAGGUCUUGUUUUCUUGGUUCUUUAUAAGAUUUGUUGCAGAGUCAAAAGCUUUGAUGCAUCUUUCACUGUGGAAGCCUAUAUCUCAUUGUGCUGCUCUAAUCUUGGACAAGAAGAGCAGGAAAAAAGAUGGGUCAGAACCUAAUCUUGAAAUCAAGAAAAACCCAUCUAUUCUUAGGAAAUUGCAAGAACACAAGCUUAGGGAGGCUCUUGAAGAAGCAUCUGAAGAUGGGUCUCUGUUCAAAUCUCAGGAUAUGGAGUCUGAGUCACUUGGAAACCAAGAUGAGAGCCUUGGGAGAUCAAGAUCCCUAGCAAGACUCCAUGCCCAGCGUGAAUUCUUGCGGGCCACUGCCUUAGCAGCAGAGCGCAUAUUUGAGUCAGAAGAUUCCAUUCCUGACCUCCAUGAAGCAUUCUCAAAAUUCCUAACAAUGUACCCGAAGUACCAGUCUUCAGAGAGGAUUGAUCAGCUAAGGUCGGAUGAGUAUGCACAUUUGUGUCCAAAGGUAUGCCUUGAUUACUGCGGAUUUGGGCUUUUUUCGUAUCUUCAGACUUUGCAUUAUUGGGAGUCUUCUACAUUUAGCUUAUCUGAGAUAACUGCAAAUUUGAGUAAUCAUGCUCUUUAUGGUGGUGCUGAGAAAGGCACGGUGGAAUAUGAUAUAAAGACCAGAAUUAUGGAUUAUUUGAACAUCCCUGAGCAUGAGUAUGGCCUUGUUUUUACUGUGAGCAGAGGGUCUGCAUUUAAAUUGCUAGCAGAAUCAUACCCUUUUCAUACCAAUAAGAAGUUGUUGACUAUGUUUGAUUAUGAGAGCCAAUCUGUGAAUUGGAUGGCUCAAAGUGCCAAAGAAAAAGGUGCAAAAGUUUAUAGCGCAUGGUUCAAGUGGCCUACUCUUAAACUCUGUUCCACUGAUUUGAGAAAGCAAAUCUCAAGUAAGAAGAGGAGAAAGAAGGAUUCUGCAGUUGGUUUGUUUGUGUUUCCAGUGCAGUCAAGAGUUACUGGGGCCAAAUAUUCAUACCAAUGGAUGGCAUUGGCCCAACAAAAUAACUGGCAUGUCUUGCUUGAUGCUGGUUCAUUGGGUCCCAAAGAUAUGGAUUCAUUGGGGUUAUCAUUGUUUCGUCCUGAUUUCAUUAUCACUUCAUUUUACAGAGUAUUUGGGUAUGACCCGACUGGUUUUGGGUGUCUUCUUAUCAAGAAAUCUGUGAUGGGAAACCUUCAGAAUCAAUCUGGGAGUACAGGGUCUGGAAUGGUAAAGAUCACACCUGAGUAUCCCAUGUAUCUGAGCGAUUCGGUGGAUGAUCUGGACAGACUGGUUGGUAAUGAUGAUGAUGAUGAAGUUGCUGCGAAUGGUGAAACCACUUCAGAAGUUCGCCCAGGAUUGCAGUUGCCUGCCUUUUCUGGUGCAUUUACAUCUGCUCAGGUGAGGGAUGUCUUUGAGACUGAGAUGGAACAGGAUAAUAGUUCUGAUAGGGAUGGGACAAGCACAAUAUUUGAAGAAACUGAAAGCAUUUCAGUUGGGGAAGUGAUGAAGAGUCCAGUCUUCAGUGAAGAUGAAUCAUCAGACAACUCAUUUUGGAUUGAUUUGGGUCAGUCUCCAUUGGGAUCAGAUGCAGGUGGUCAGCACAAACAGAAAUUGGCUUCUCCUCUACCACCUUUCUGGUUUUCUGGCAAGAAGAACCACAAGCGACUCUCUCCAAAACCAUCAUCAAAGAUAUAUGGUAGUCCAAUAUAUGAUAAGGGGGUAAAUAUGGGGCCACAUGAUGACAACCAUGUGCUGUCAUUUGAUGCUGCAGUUAUGUCUGUUUCGCAGGAAUUGGACCGUGUUAAAGAGGUUCCUGAAGAAGAACAGUUCACAGAAACAAGCUACACUCCACGAAAUAAUAGAAUGGGUCACAUUCAUGAGAUAGAGGAAGAGCCUGGAACCAGCGAUCCACUUUCAGCUAGUUCUCUGUCGAAUUCUGCCGUAAAUAGAUCCCAAGCUGCUGGGCAUCAUAGCUUAGCGAAUGGCUCAACGUCUGCAAUUGGCUCAGAGAUGAAAGAGAGUGCUAUAAGAAGAGAAACAGAAGGUGAAUUCAGGUUGUUGGGAAGAAGGGAAGGGAACAGAUAUGGUGGUGGUAGAUUUUUUGGGUUGGAAGAGAAUGAACAUCCAAGCAGGGGAAGAAGGGUGUCAUUUAGCAUGGAGGACAACCGUAAAGAACGUUUAAGUCAUGCCCUUGAACCAGGAGAGAUAUCUGUAACCAGUUUAGACGACGAGGAAUACACCAGUGAUGGGGAAUAUGGCGAUGGCCAAGAAUGGGAUAGGAGGGAACCUGAGAUAAUUUGCAAACAUCUGGAUCAUGUGAAUAUGUUGGGUCUCAAUAAAACCACUCUCAGGCUGCGAUUUUUGGUCAAUUGGCUUGUGACAUCAUUGCUUCAACUAAGGUUACCCAAUUCAGAUGGGGAAGGGAGAGUCCCUCUUGUUCACAUAUAUGGCCCAAAAAUAAAAUACGAAAGGGGUGCAGCUGUAGCUUUCAACGUUAGAGACAGAAACCGGGGACUUAUAAACCCAGAAGUUGUUCAGAAGCUGGCUGAACGAGAAGGUAUCUCUCUGGGCAUCGGUUUUCUUAGUCACAUAAGGAUAUUGGACAGCCCAAAACAGCAGCGUGGUGCUUUGAACCUUGAAGACACUACUCUGUGUAGGCCAAUGGAAAAUGGGCAACACAAUGGAAAAAGUGGGUUCAUAAGGGUUGAAGUUGUCACUGCAUCUCUAGGAUUUCUCACCAACUUUGAGGAUGUUUACAAAUUGUGGGCUUUUGUUUCCAAGUUUCUUAAUCCAGCCUUUAUCAAAGACGGUGGUCUGCCAACAGUUGAAGAAGGGUCAGAGACGUGAGUUUUGGGAUAGCCAUCAAUAGCACAUUUCCAGAAUGAAACAGAUACAGAUGAUUGUUGACAUGACAAGUCAAUCAGAGUACAAAAUCUGAGAGUCAGAGCUGAAGAUCAAAAGCUAGAGAGAAAGAUCGGAAGGUGUCUGUGGCCUGAUUCUUUUGCUCUUCCUCGAGACUCUCUGAUUCAACGGGUGAAUUUGUUAAUUCUUGUUUGUUUGAUUUUUUUUUUCUUUUUAAUUUCCCUUUCUCCUUUGUGGUUCUUGUAGUAGAGGGGUGGCAUUAGAAUUUGUAUCAUCUCGAGAAGUUAUGUUGGUCUCAGAGCAGAUUCAUUUGAACGAGACUUGAGCAAUUAACAUUCUGCUUUCGGUCUAUACAAAAUCAAAUUUUCAUGCUUCUGUAAAAAGAGAAAAAAAGAACUUGACCCUAUUUUGCUGUUGUAGUCUAUAAUACAAUUCAGUCGCAGGAUGACAGUGUUUUGCUUA